CCUUCCAAGAUCAGAUGGGAAACUGUCAACCAUGAUCGCACUACCCCCCUUGUAUCCUGGCUUGCUGUGCAUUCACCCGACUGUCGCAUACUCUUCUCCAACAACAAAAAGCAAUGCGACAUGACAAUCAGCACUGAUCAUCCUUCUGGCAGGAGUAAAGCCGAAAUCCACCUUGUAAUCACCAAACAUAUCUUCGCCAAUGACCCAGUAUAUGGGCCCCAGUAUGCUGUAGAAGAGAAUAGGCCAAAGUUUGGACAAGCUGUUGCAAAUUGCCUUGCAUAUCUCAGGGGGAAGUAUAAGGCUGCAAUUGCUUGGUUUGGGAUGACUGGUGCUGGUGUCAACCCUCUCGACCCUCAGGCUAAAGUAAAUCUCCGAGGUAAGUUUUCACAAGUAGCAUCUGAAUUUCCAUGGUUCAAAGACCUUGAUGCAUUGUGGAAGGACAACCCUGCCUUUUCUCCGAAGACCUUCUCCUCUGUUCCUGGCAAAGAUCAU